AUGUUCACCAAAGGACUUCUUACCGCCGCAGCUGCCUGCAGCUUGCUCGCCUCUACCGUCAAUGCCCACAUGGUCAUCACUUCUCCCGUCCCAUACGGACAGGACAGUCUUACGAACAGCCCGCUCGAGAACGAUGGGUCUGACUUCCCUUGCAAGCAAAGAUCCGGCGUCUACGAUAUCUCCUCCAUGAACAACAUACCUGUGGGUGUCCCACAGAAACUGUCUUUCAAAGGCGGUGCCACGCAUGGUGGCGGAUCGUGUCAAGUCUCUGUGACUCUCGACAAGGAGCCCACAAAAGACAGCGAAUGGAAAGUCAUCCACUCCAUCCUUGGUGGCUGCCCGAACAGCGCGGAUGGCAAUGCCAAUGGAGCUCCGACUUACAACCAAAACCCCUCCUUCGAAUUCUCGAUGCCAAAGGGCAUGCCAAACGGACAGUACAGCCUUGCCUGGACCUGGUUCAACAAAAUUGGCAACAGAGAGAUGUACAUGAACUGUGCGCCGAUUACCGUGACUGGCGGUGCCGACAACAACGAUGUCUUCAAUUCUCUGCCAGACAUGUUCGUCAUCAACAUUCCGAAUGAGCAAUGCGGCACCACCGAGGGAGAGGACUUUGUGUUCCCUAGCCCCGGUCUGUACGUGGAGACCGCGCAGAAGACUGCUCUUGGUAGUAAGACGACUGGCAGCGGUUGUGCUUCUGUCACCAUCAAGGGCGCUGGAGCGGGUAAAGCUGGAUCUGCCGCCCAAGCGACUGGAAGCUCUGGUGGUAGCUCAGCAGCUGCCAGCUCAAGUGCCGAUGCUCCAGAUCCCACAUCUGCCGCCGCUGUUCAAAGUUCCGCCGCAACUUCCUCGCAAGCUGCUAGUGCCGGAGUCGCGCCAUUGGGCACUGGCAACGUCGCAACUGUGACCACCAUGGCAACUGUCACUGGUAGCAGUGCAGCACAGGGAACCGGCAGCAGCUCCAAUUCAGGAUCUGGGAGUUGCACGGGCGGUGGCGUGUCUUGUUCGAACGACGGCAGCAUUAUUUGCAUAGGCAGCAACCAGUGGGGAACUUGCAACUCCGGGUGUGCUGUCCCGAUGGCGCUUGCUGCCGGUACUACCUGCUCGGGCGGUACGAUUGCGAAGCGUGAUGGCACCAUCAUCAUGCGCUCUCCUGAGCACAAUUGCACCGAUAGCAAGAACAAAGACGAUCUUGAGAAGCGGGCCAAUGUACCUGUCCACCUUGCUCAACACGUGCACCGUCGUCGGAGCUUCUAA